CUCGCCCUCUAUGGUUUCUUCAGCUUGAUUAUGCUGUGCUAUACCACUCUCGAUUUAAAAGCAUCACCUGAUCCUUGUUUCUGUGGUAAAACCCCUGCCGAUGCUCUUCAGAAUGGCUGCAAGUUUGAUCCCUUCACUCUAACUUGGGUCCCGGAUGCAUGCCGCGAUGAUGACCUUAUUGACGAGUUUAAUGCACUCGGCGCACUAUACAACCAUUCCUGGCAAUUCUAUACCUGGCCAACACAUGACCGGCUAGUAACCCUUGAUGAGGUCUCUAUGAUGGCUGAAGUGGCAAGUACAAAACAUGACAACCGUUCUAUAGUGACAACUACUAUAGACUGGCAUCAUACACACUGUUUAUAUCUCUGGCGCAAA